CAGUUAGGUCGCAGCCCCAGGAGCUAAGUAGGUUGUCCGGUUCCGAGACUAGCGCUUUGCCGAGCCACCCGUCGCUGGACCCACUCGCGGGAAGGCACCAUGCCCCAGAACGUAGUUCUCCCGGGUCCUGCGCCCUGGGGCUUCAGACUCUCUGGGGGCAUAGACUUCAAUCAGCCUUUGGUCAUCACCAGGAUCACUCCAGGAAGCAAAGCAGCAGCUGCCAACCUGUGUCCUGGAGAUGUCAUCCUGGCUAUUGAUGGCUUUGGUACGGAGUCUAUGACUCACGCUGAUGCACAGGACAGGAUUAAAGCAGCGUCUUACCAGUUGUGUCUCAAGAUUGACAGGGCAGAAACUCGCUUAUGGUCUCCGCAGGUGUCUGAAGAUGGAAAAGCACAUCCCUUCAAAAUCAACUUAGAAGCUGAACCGCAGGAUGUGAACUACUUUGAACACAAGCACAAUAUUCGGCCCAAACCUUUCAUAAUUCCAGGCCGAACCAGUGGCUGCAGCACUCCUUCCGGUGUUGACUGUGGCAGUGGACGUAGCACCCCUUCUUCCGUCAGUACCGUUAGUACAAUCUGCCCGGGUGACUUGAAAGUUGCUGCUAAGAUGGCCCCUAACAUUCCUUUGGAAAUGGAACUUCCGGGCGUGAAGAUCGUACAUGCUCAGUUUAACACGCCUAUGCAGUUGUACUCAGAUGACAAUAUUAUGGAAACACUUCAGGGUCAGGUUGCCACAGCUCUAGGGGAAACAUCCUCCAUGAGUGAACCCACAGCUUCAGUGCCCCCUCAGUCGGAUGUGUACCGCAUGCUCCAUGACAACCGGGAUGAACCAGCAGCUCCUCGCCAGUCGGGCUCCUUCAGGGUGCUGCAGGAUCUGGUGAACGACGGGCCUGAUGACCGUCCGGCUGGAACUCGAAGCGUGAGGGCUCCGGUUACGAAAGUCCACGGUGGGGCUGGCAGUGCCCAGAGGAUGCCGCUCUGUGACAAGUGUGGGAGCGGUAUUGUAGGUGCUGUCGUCAAGGCCCGGGAUAAGUACCGGCACCCCGAGUGCUUUGUGUGUGCCGAUUGUAACCUCAACCUCAAGCAGAAAGGCUACUUCUUCGUGGAGGGGGAGCUGUAUUGUGAGACCCACGCGAGAGCCCGCACGAGGCCCCCAGAAGGCUACGACACCGUCACUCUGUACCCCAAAGCUUAAAUCCUUUGCAGACGAGAACACUCAACGCACACAUGCGCACACCCGCUAACACCGGCUGAUGGUGUGGAGGACUUCAAGAAAGAGGAGUGUGAACAGUCACCUCCCACUCUAAAGCCGAGGCUUUUUAGACACUUAUCUUGCUGUGUAGAGAGGGAAAGGCACAGGGAGGGGAGGCAAAGGCCUGCCUGCUGACAAAAGACAAGUAUUAUCUAUGGAUUGCAAUUCCUUCUCUUUGGGGACAGCAAUAGACAUUUAAAGCAAUAAUGUUUCCAUACCAUGCUCCCUCUGUUAUCCAACCAUCUGAUAUGUAAAUACCUGGAUAUUUGGGGGAGUCUACUUGUUUUUCCUUCCAAGUUGCUUUUGGUAAUUGUAGUAAGUAAUGCCAAAUAACAGCCGUGUACUCUUAACAAACUCUGCAGGUGUCUGUGUCUGUCAUUCCUAAAGUGCAUGUCAGGAAGACACUUCCAGGAUUGCUCUAUUCUACGUGCGAACAGCUGUACCACUGGAGAAUGUUUUUGUAAUUUAUUGUGAAGUAGUAGCCAGCAGAUUCCGUAAGAGGACUCACUCCUUUCUUAGUGUCUAAAUCAACAAAUAUUUUAAGAAAUCU